UUUCACCAUCAUAAAAUUGACUACAGGCCCAUCAACUAUUAAUGAAUUUUGAAGUACCCUUGAAGGAUUAUGUUCGUGCUGUUCAGUCCAUAAAGGCUACAAUAGGAGAGAGAGCCAAUGCAUUGAGGCAACAAUGCGAACUGGCUGAAACAAUGAAGUUGAAGGAGAUAAAUCUUGACAAGCUCAUGCUAACACGCUCUGACAGAGUGGGAGAAGCUGAGCAUGAAUACAAGGAGGCAAGUCAUCCCAUCCAGGCUUUCACUUUAUGCCUAUUUAGGCCUUUAUUGCUUUUGCCUCCUCUAACAAUCAGUUUUAUUUGUUGCAUUUGA